UCAGGAAUAUCGAUACAAUUCAAUCGAUCAGUAAGGUGCACUCGUUUGGGCCCUGUUCUUGGCUUUUGAUAAUAUUGUAAUGGUUAGGGUUACAUUACAAUUUCUUAUUACAACCAUGCAACGCUACAUUAUAUGUAAUUUAAACGGUCAGCUAAAACGGUGGGUGACCCAUGUAAUAGUUUGGCCUAGUGCAUUCGAUGAGAUGAUUUUUGUCGUGUGGAUAUAGACACGUAAAAUAUACUGUAGAAAUUAUAUUCCUAUGGGAUAUUUGUUGUUUUAAAACAGUCCAUCAACAUGAGCCGUUUAACAUUGCCUCGUUCUGUUGUUCAAGGUAGGCGUCUGAGAACGCCAGUGGAAAGAGGGAAUGUGGGGAUGAGGGGGGUGGUUUGAAGGUUGGUGGAGAGAGAGGAGGAGGGGGUCGAUGUGGUGGGGGUGGGAAGCAGAAAAAAAAUCGCCUGUGACUGUACCGGCGGAGCUAGCCAGCUUUAGCUGUAGCACACAUCAACCGUACAUGACAUGAGCCGGAUUUCAAGCUGAAAAUAAGAGGAAAAGGUGAGAUAUAGCUACAUUAUCGUAUAACAGAAUUAGAGAGUGAACCGGAGAGCGAACGAACUACGAUUAUCCACGGGGACACGAGCCUUUUUUUAACCCCCGUCCCUUGGGUUCCGUUUGUUGUGUUUGUGUGGUGGACUACAACUUGAGCAGCAAAACAUUUUUUACAAGAGCACAUUAUCGAACAAUAACAUUUCAUUUUUGAAUGCGAAGGGAAAAUGAGCUCAUAUUUUGUUAACCCCCUUUUUUCAAAGUACAAAGGCAGCGAAACACUGGAACCAACUUACUACGACUGCCGGUUCCCCCAAAGCGUCACCCGAAGUCAUGCGCUGAUGUACGGAACCGGAGCGGCUGCGCCGGGCUUUCAACACCCGUCUCAUCACGUCCAAGACUUUUUUCAUCACGGGACAUCGGGAAUAUCUAGCCCUGGAUACCAACAAAACCCAUGUGCUUUAGCUUGCCAUGGAGAUGCCACUAAAUUUUAUGGAUACGAAACCCUUCCGAGGCAAUCGCUUUAUGGUACCCAGCAAGAGGCAAGCGUAGCGCAAUACCCAGACUGUAAAUCGUCCAAUGGAACUAACCCCGGAGAAGUACAAGGCCACCUAAAUCAAAAUCCGUCUCCCGGUCUUAUGUUCCCUUGGAUGAGACCCCAUGCCCCAGGAAGGCGCAGUGGACGGCAGACCUACAGUCGAUAUCAAACGCUUGAACUGGAAAAAGAGUUCCUUUUCAACCCUUACCUGACACGCAAGCGGCGGAUCGAGGUUUCCCAUGCAUUAGGCCUGACAGAGAGACAGGUGAAGAUUUGGUUUCAAAACAGACGAAUGAAAUGGAAAAAAGAGAACAACAAAGACAAAUUCCCGGGCCAAAGAGGAGAUGCCGAUGUUGAGGCCGAGGCUGAGGAGGAAUGCAACGAGGACGGUGAAAAGGAUGAGGGGGAUAAGAAGGAAACGGAAGACAAAGAUGAAACUAAAGAGUGAUUUUGUUGCUUGGCCUUUUUAUGGUUAUAUUGCUUAAAAGGCAGAGAGAGAAAGGGGGAGAGAUACAGAGCUCUAAGUGAGAGAGAGCGCAUAAACUUUAUGGCCACCGCUUUAAGUCAACAAGUGAAGAAAAUCCUAUAGACAUGAUUGUCAAACCACUUCCCUUCAUAAUGCACUCCCAAGAUGCGUCUAAAAUGUGCAGGUUCUUAUUAUUAUGCAACCUCCUCUCAAUUGGCAAUCUCCAGUGUAAGCUCUGUUUCAAUAUGUUUCUUUUUUAUACUAAUAACUGUGCUCCUCAGAGGCCCAAUUUUAUACAGAACAAAACUUCAAUCCGCUACAGUAUGCUUUUAAAGGCUUAAUUCACAUUCAGUAACCUGAUGGAUAUUAAUAACUUACUAUUUAUGCCGAUAUCUUUGCUCAGUUAUUUUUCUUGUCUGAAUUACGAUCACACGUUAUCCUACAGAGUUAGAAGCUUCAGAUAGCUCUGAUAACAUGACCGGGCCUAUUUCAAUAACGACCAAUUCGAAUGAUACUCCUAAAUUUUAAAUGUUCGGCGUCUCCACAUCGAGAUUCAUAUAUCAAUACAUCAGGUUUAUUUCAAUAUAUCAUGAUUGUGUUCAACACCUUGCAACUUUCUAUUUUUGCCCUUUAUAGCCCUUGUGGUACCAGUGGCGUGGUAAAUUAGGCCUAACAUAUUUAUUUUCGUGAGUUACGUGCUUAGUUAAUUUUGGUAUCUUCAUUUCUGUUUUAUCAAAGUAUUAUUUGUUGUGUGGGUUCGUGGGAG